AUGGCUCCGUACCACAUCACGGGAGACGAAAAUGGACCGCUGGUUGUUGUAUCGUCAGCGAUCAUGGUAACAUACAUGAUACUAUGCUACCUGAUCAGAGUGUUCAUGAGAUUCACGAUCAACGGUCCGUUUGGGAAAGAUGACUGGGCAUUGACAUUUGGAUCACUUAUAGCAGUGGUACAAACUGGUUUGAAGAUAUCAGAGGCAUAUGCCGGCCUUGGAAGACGAAGGGAGCUUGUACCCAUGGAGGAGAUUCAGCGCCUUGAAAAGUUGGCGUAUGCUGGCGAUAUCUUUUAUCUUGUCGCACUCGCAUUCUCGCGGGUUAGCACUUUUCUACUGAUUUCUCGAGUGACUCAACAAAAGAACCACCUUCGGGCAGCACACAUGGGUGCUAUUGGAUCGAUGGUCAUCAGCAUAACAUCGGUGUUCCUCAUUUGCAUGCGUUGCAACCUUUCGCGGCCCUGGGACCUCUUCUCGCCAGGUUGCCCUCAAAUUGUACGAACGUUCCCCCCUUGUGUUGAGCGUCUCGCCUACUCGCGGUGGUAUACCAUUGAGACCUUGGGCAUCAUUGUUGAGCUCUAUGCGGCGUGGGUUCCUGUAUACCUUGUCUGGAGCCUUCAAAUGCAUCUACGAUCAAAGAUCAUUGUUCUGUUUGCAUUUUCCUUCCGCCUUCCUGUUCUGGUAGCAGCAGGUGCGCGCUUAUACUAUCUUCGUCAGCAGCAAAUGCAAGAGGACCUCCUUUUCUAUGGCGCCGCCGCAUCUGUAUGUCUCGAAGUUGAGCUUCAUUACGGGCUGAUGGCAGCCACGAUACCGUGUCUAAAGCCAUUCGUGAAAUUAUUCAACACUGGAUGGUUCGACACGAGGGGUGUAUCUACCAACAGUGCGGGAGAGCAGUAUGCUCUGUCCAAUAUUACACCUGCCCGGGUCUCGGUAACGACCGAGGCCUCUAAGAAACCAUGGAAUGAUCGGCGCCAUGUGCGGCAGCAAAGCGCUUCAUCUUCUGCAGGAUCUGAUAUAAUGAUUAUUCGCCAGACCACCGCCUGGGAUGUUACUUAUGAUGUUAAUGACCGGGCUGUAUGA